AUGUCGACUGUUUACCAGCCUUGGAAGUCUCGCGCUACGGUCUCGGAGCUUGAUGGGGUCUCCGAGUCGGCCACGACGAUUGUUGCCCAUACUUCUGACCUGGGCGAGCCCGUCAAGUCAAACCGCAAGUUUUUCUUCCAACGCGGUGCCAAACUCGACCCGGAGUCAAUUGCGACGCAGCCAUCCGUGUACGACAACCCGGAAACAGCCAAGGAGUACCAGCCGCGCGAUGACUGGGAGAAUAUUCAUCGGUUUGACCCUACAGCCCGGUGGACGUGGGGAGAGGAGAACAAGUUGAUUCGCAAGAUCGAUCUGCGGAUCAUGGUCUUCGCCUGUAUCAUGUUUAUGGCUUUGGAGCUCGACAGAGCAAAUCUUAGCCAGGCGCUGACAGAUAACCUCCUUGAUGAAUUGGGCUUGACCACGAAUGAUUACAACCUUGGAAACACCGUCUUCAAACUCUCCUUCCUCUGCGCCGAGUUGCCCUCUCAACUGGUCAGCAAGUGGAUGGGGCCCGAUCGAUGGAUUCCUGCGCAGAUUACCCUGUGGUCUGGUGUUGCCAUGGCUCAGUACGCGCUCAGUGGGCGCAGCUCGUUCCUCGCCUGUCGUGCCUUGUUGGGAAUCCUGCAAGGAGGGUUCAUCCCAGAUAUCAUUCUGUACCUUUCGUACUUCUAUAAGCAUGCCGAGAUGACUAUCCGACUGGGAUACUUCUGGACGGCGAUGAGUAUGGCCGACAUUCUCGCUAGUUUUCUCGCAUUUGGAUUCCUUCAUCUUCGUGGCGUGGAGGGCCAGUCAGGGUGGCGGUGGUUGUUCCUCUUGGAGGGUCUUAUCACCUUGCUAAUCGGUCUAUCUGCCUUUGUCCUCAUGCCACCUGGGCCAUGUCAGACUGCUAACUGGGCUCGCGGCAAGAAGGGCUGGUUCACAGAGAGGUAA